AAUUUAGAUUUUAGAUGUGCUUAUUUAUAAUUACAUAUAUAGGAAUCUAUAAAUCCAUAUAUAAGAAUUCAAAUUGAAAUAAAAAUAAAAAAAAAAUGUAAAUUACACAUUAAAAAUUUAAAACCUCGUCUGAUAAACUAUGUGCAGUUACAAAUUACAUAUUUGUACAAAUUAUAUUUGUGAAUUAUUUUUGAAUAUUAUUAAUUAUUUAUUUAUUUUUAAUUAUUUUAAAUUAUUUUAAUUAUUUUUAAUUAUUAAUAAUAAUGCAUGUUAUUAAUUUGUAAUUACAAUUAUAUUAUAAAGGAAAUAAUUUAUUAAUAGAGUAAAAGAUAUAAGAAAACAAAAAAAUAAAAUAAAUAGAAAUAUUUUUUUAACUAAUUUUUAACUAAUUUAUUUUUCUCUGAAUCGUUUAUCGUUUUUUUAUUUCGUAUUUGUUUAUCGUUUUUGCUAUUUUUUUAAACUAAUUUUUUUAAAUUAAUAAGUUAUACGAAAAUAAUUAUUUAUAGACAAUUUAUAAAAUAUUGAAUAUUAUUAAUUAAAAUUGAAUUCAUUUGAAAUUAUAAUUUACAAGAUAUACUAUUUAAAAUUCAGGAUAAAAUAAAAAUUAAUAAGAUAAUAAAAUAAAAAUAUAUGUAUAUUUCAAAUUCUACAAUGAUUAAAUUGUAUUUUAUAAAUAUUUAUAUAUUGCUUUAAAAAUAAAAACUUCUAUAAUUUUUUUUUUGCUCAUAUGUAAUAUCAUGAAAAUGAUUUUAUCUUUGCUUCAAAAUUUAGAAUUAUUUGAAGUCGUGUCUAUAAAUAUAUAUGAUCUAAGUUCGUCAUUUUUAUUAAUUUAGAACAAAUGAGAACAAUGCGAAUGUAAAAUAACUAUCAUUUCUCUGUUCAAUGGAUCAUUUUUGUUCAUCACAUUGCUAUUUUCUAAUGUCAUUGAUAGCCAUUUCAUUGAUAUCUAGCAAUUGUUAUAUUUUGUAAUAUUUGAGUAAAUUCUAUAUUACUUUUUUGUUCAUAUUAAUGUGAUAAAUUUUGGAACUUUUAUUUAUAUAAAAGUAUCGGUUUAAAAAAGUUGUUAACUUAUCAAAACGUGUAUAUUUACAUAAAUAUAAUAUAAUUUUUAUUAUUAAUUAACACUUAAUAACCUGCAUAUUUGCUUUAUAUAAAGAUUUUAAUAUGAUGUGAUAGUUUUAUAAUCGUUAUUGAAUUAAAAUCAAUUAUCAAGAUGACAUCGCCUGCAGUUUCAAAGGUUUCAGUUGCACCUUCCAUUCAAGAAUUUAGUAUCAGAGUACCAAAAAAUAAUAAAAAAAAACACAAUGUGAUGCGUUUUAAUGCAACAUUAAAUGUUGAUUUUUCAAAAUGGACUCAAGUGAAAAUGGAACGUGAAAAUAAUAUGAAAGAAUAUAAAGGAAUAGAAGAGGAAAUGCCAAAAUUUGGAGCUGGAUCUGAAUUUGGACGAGAUGCAAGAGAAGAAGCAAGAAGAAAAAAAUUUGGUAUUACAAGCAGAAAAUACAAGCCAGAAGAUCAACCUUGGAUUUUAAAAUCUGGAGGAAAAACUGGAAAAAAAUUUAAAGGCAUAAGGGAAGGUGGUGUGAGUGAAAAUGCUGCAUAUUAUGUUUUUACACAUGCUGCUGAUGGAGCUAUAGAAGCUUUUCCAUUGCAUGAAUGGUAUAAUUUUCAACCAAUUCAGAGAUACAAAGCUUUGAGUGCAGAAGAAGCAGAGCAAGAAUUUAGUCGUAGAAAUAAAGUAAUGAAUUAUUUUUCAUUAAUGUUACGGAAAAGACUUAGAAAUGAUGAAGAAGGUGCAGAUGAUGAAGAAAUAAUAGAAGGUGGGAAGGGUAAAAAGCCGAGUAAGAAAGAGAAAGAUUUAAAAAUAUCUGAAAUGGAUGAGUGGAUGGAUAGCGACGAUGAUGAUUCUCUUAGUGAUGAUAAUGAAAGUAAAAAAAAUUCUGAUGAAGAAGAUGAUACUAAGAAGAAAAAAAAAGGCAAAGUUGAUAUUAAGAAAAAGAAGAAGAAAAAUGCCUCAGACGAUGAAGCAUUUGAAGAAAGUGAUGAUGGGGAUGAAGAAGGUCGAGAAUGUGAUUAUAUUUCUGAUUCAUCAGAUUCUGAAUCAGAAUUGGAACAACAAAAAGAGAUUAAAUCAGUUGCAGAAGAAGAUGCAUUAAGAAAAUUGCUUGCUUCUGAUGAAGAUGAUGAAGAUGAUGAAGAACAAACAGAUAAAAAAGAUGGUGAUGAUGAAAAAGAUGAUGAUGAUGAACAUAAAGAUAAAGAUGAGAAGGAUAAAGAUAAGAUUAAUAGAGAUACAGAUAAAAAAAGAGAUAAAAAGAAAAAGAAAAAACAAUCUAAGAAAAAAGAUUUAAAAAAACUUACAUCAGGAAAAGAUUCUUCUAGUGAUUUUUCUAGUGAUUCAGAUUCAGAAUCUGAUACAGUAAAAGAAAAAGAUAAUAAAAGAUCUAAUAGUGCACAUAGCUCAAGAUCUGCAACGCCUACACCUGCUGGAAUAUCAGAUUCUUUAAAAAGAAAACAAUCAGGAUCUCCAGAUCUAUCACAAGCAAAAAAAUUAAAAUUGGAUAAUUUUAAUUUAGUGCCAGUAAAUUCUUACAUUCCAGGAGUUAGUGAAUCUGGAAUUACAGAAGAUGCAGUACGACGAUAUCUUAUGCGUAAACCAAUGACAACAACGGAACUUCUACAAAAAUUCAAAUCGAAAAAAACUGGGCUUACUUCUGAGCAGUUAGUUAAUGUAAUGACUCAAAUUCUGAAAAAAAUUAAUCCAACCAAACAGACAAUAAAAAAUAAAAUGUACUUAUCUAUUAAAACACAAUCUAAUUGAUUUUUUAAUAUUUUUAUAUUAAUAAAAUAAUUUAUAGCAUAAUUUCUAUUUUAAAUCUUAAUAUCUUAUUUAUUUUAUGUCAUAUGUAAAGGUAAUACUUUGUAUAAGAAUAAAAUAUAUGGAAUAAAAAAAUA